AUGGCUUUCAUGAACGCCGCCUUGUUCGCCGGCCUGAAGAACGUCCAGUGCUAUGAGCAAGCUCAUCAAUUCGGUGAGGUCGGUGCUGGCGUGGAUAUCUCCGCCAAUGCCAACCGCAUCCUCGAUGCGUUCGGUCUUCAAGAGGCUUUGAUCAGCCGCUCUUCGCCUCAGCUGCCUCAUUAUAUGCAGUAUCAUAAUUACCAGACUGGCGAAUAUCUCGCUCAUAUUGAAGAGUUUUCGAAGCCGCACGCACGCCUGAUUCACCGCGCUCAUCUCCUGGAUUCCCUUAAGGAGCCUGUGCCAGAGGAUCGCCUUCACUUGCAGAAACGUCUCGCAUCUCUCGAUCGUAACACCAGCCCUGAUGCCGCACCGUACACCCUUCACUUCGAGGACGGUACCACUGUCGACGCUGAUAUCGUAAUCGGUUGCGAUGGUAUCAAGAGCAGGGUUCGCCGCGAGCUAGGCUUUGGUGACUCCCCCAACUAUUCUGGCCAGGUUGUCUACCGUGGUUUCGUCGAGUAUAAGGAUCUACCUGAAGAGACCUCCAAGCUCCUUCGCAAUGUCGUCAACUUUCGUGGCCCGAAGCGCCAUGUUCUGUGCCUGCCUAUUGGCAACCCAAUUACAAAGACUGACCGUAUCGGUGUCAUUGGAUUCAUGUCUGAAUCGCUUGAAUCCUGGAACAGCGAGAACUGGAUGGCUCGCGCGGAGAUUGAAACACUCCACGAGCAUGUGAAAGACUGGUGCCCACAGGUCCAAGAUAUGAUCAAGGCGUUGCACAAAGGCUCGCCUGAUGGCCGUAUGAUGAAGCAAGCACUAUAUGUUCGCGACCCAAUCGCCAAGUGGUUUGAGAUUGCAGAGGGCCAGAGCAACGCAGGUAUUGCUCUUCUUGGUGACGCAGUUCACUCCACUCUUCCUCAUCAAGGUCAGGGAGUCUGCAUGGCGAUCGAGUCCGGUAUCGCUCUGGCUACCAUCCUCGCCCACUGGAAGAAUGAUGACCUGCACGCUGCAUUCCAAUUCUACCAAGACUUGCGCAAAGCUCGCACUGAUCGGGUCACAAGGACCAGUUUCGAGGCUGGCAAACUGGCCAGUUCCGAUGACCCUGAUCAUUUCAGCGAGACUUUCAACCAGGACGCGCUGAUGGAGCGUAUGAAGUGGAUUAUGAAGUACAAUGUUCGGGAAGACCUGAAAUCAAAGGGUGCCGAGUACAUGGACUUCCACGAUUCCCGAGUCUAA